AUGUCGGGUAGCCGCGUGCAGUUAUUUUUUUUUACGGUUGCUUGUGUUCUUGGUUUAUAUCUUGGUUGUUGCGAGUUUUUUCAUAGAGAUACGAGCAAUGUCUCUGUUGGAGAUCUUGAAAAUAUAUUAGAAACCGAAACACCCCCGACAAGCCCGGGAGAUGGUGGAUUAUUAUUACAAGAUAUACAAAACGACGUGGACAUACUUACUAAUCUUAGCAACGAAAUGAACAAUUUUCCAUCUAGCCCAAUAUCUUCUAAACCAUCAUCUCCUGUUUUGUCUAAAUUCUCAAAAGCCGUAUUUAAAGGAAUGAAGAACAACAGAAUAAAAGGUAAUGUCAAAUCCGAAGACGAUCAAGCUCGACGAAUUGCAGAAUAUAAUCAAAAUUUAGUGUUCAUUGCUGAGGAACAUUCAUCAUUAUCAUCAUUUUCUUCAGUUAUUUCUAAACCAGAACUUAAAAUUUUCAAGGAGUUUGCUGAAAACUGUAAAGAUGAAAAAGACGAACUAUUGGUUGAUGAAGAUGAUUUUAGUGCUGAUGAAUUUUAUAAGUUCCACACUCCUAAAGAUGUCGAAGAUGACAACGUUUCCGAAAAAUCGUCAUUAAAGCCUAGUUAUCGGUCGAGAAAAGUCAGAAAGUCUGGACUUAGUAUGGUUCAAAUGGUUCGUGAAAUUCCUGAAUUCAACCAUCUACUUACGGAUUGUUUAGCAAAGUUUGAACAGUUUAUUAUUUAA